AUGGCAGACGCUUCGACAUCCCCUCGCCGUCGCGAAUCGCUCCUUACGGCUGCACUCCGCAACAGUCCUGCCACUGCCGUCUUGCCAAGCGCCAUCAGCGACUGGAUGGCUUCAAACGCUCUCGCCAAAGUCAAGAUCUGCGCCUUGAAUACCGCACGUCUCACCGCUCUCCUCAUCAAGCCACGCGACCGCAAUUCCAUUCUUGAUCCCGAAAUCGCAUGGACCUGCUCGAACAAGUUCCCGACACGCUUCAAUGCCAACAUGAUCACCCUUGGCGGACCAGAACCAGACAAGGCAUCUGCUCAGACGAAAUUGGUGAAUCAGCUGAUCGACCGUGGCUUGAUUGACAACUGGGAAGUUCUUGAUAGCUGGGCCACAUUGAAGCUGGAGUUAUGGGGGCUCACGAAGAAGUUUGAGGGCGAAUGGCUCUGGUUGGACGUGAGAGAAGGGUCGACAGCCGGUGGUGUGCAUUACACUGGUGAGGACGUACGCAAAGUAGUUGACAUGGAGGAACUCGCUGAGUUCGAGGAGGCCUGGUGGAAAAGCAAAGCCGGCAUAGCCAACACGGAGACGUGGUAUCAGGUGCGCGACGUGGUGGCAAAUGCGAAGCGCUUCCGCGAUUUUUUGCUUGACGAUCAACACAUCCAAGUCUGGACCAUCCGAGACGAAGAAGCAGUCAUCGCAGGCUGUGUCACCUAUAUCUCAGACGGCGUGGUGAGCAUCUCGGAUGUGUCCCUUCCGCCGAGGGCUCAUCGGGCUGAUCGUCUGCGCUUGCGAAAGCAAUUUGUCACAAUGGCAGCUCGUGGAGGGCUCCCCGUCGUUGGCUGGUCUGAUGGACAAGGACUAGCAGACAUGAAGGAGUUGGGCUUCCAGUCCGUGGGCAAGAUGCAGGUGUGGGAGCGGAAGGCCGCCUAG